GGCGAGGUUCAGGUGGCACGGAAAUCUUCGGCAGGCGCAUUCAAUUCGUCGAUGGCUUUCAAUGUGUGAACUGCGUCUAGGCUCGAGCGCUGGCAAAUGAUGAGUCUGUGCGAAGGGCCAGGUUUCGUCUCGUCGGCAUGGUUGCUUAGUUUUCGAAAGAAUUGCUUCUCCGGGGCCUCCGUGCCUGUUCUCUGAUUUUCUUCUCGUGCCGAAGGUCGGGUCGAGGUUCGAAUCGCUUAGUCGUUCUUGUCUGGAUUGGUUUUAGUUUCUCUGGCUACCAUAUUGUUGGAAAGAGUGCGGGGUCUCAAGGAAUUGGGAUUAGUGUGAUAUGGUGGGAAGUGACGAAACCCAGGCACAGUGUGUAUGAAUCGAAGCGCUAGUUUGCAUAAUGUAUGUGAAGGAGGUAACCCUCGAGGGUUUCAAAUCCUACGCGCAGAGGACAGUGGUCUCUGGAUUUGACCCCUUUUUUAACGCAAUCACGGGGCUCAAUGGCUCUGGGAAAUCCAAUAUUCUGGAUUCUAUCUGCUUUGUGCUCGGCAUUACCAAUCUACAGCAGGUGCGCGCCACCAACUUGCAGGAGCUGGUUUACAAGCAGGGUCAGGCUGGGAUCACUAAGGCUACCGUGUCAAUUUUGUUCGACAAUUCUGACCGCAAUAGAAGCCCAAUUGGAUACGAGGAUAUGAAUGAGAUUACUGUUUCUCGCCAGAUAGUUGUUGGCGGAAGAAACAAGUACAUGAUCAAUGGACAUGUGAGGCAACCUGCUCAGGUGCAAAACUUGUUUCAUUCAGUGCAGCUGAAUGUCAACAACCCUCAUUUCCUGAUCAUGCAAGGGCGUAUCACAAAAGUUCUGAACAUGAAGCCACCAGAAAUUCUCUCGAUGCUAGAAGAAGCAGCUGGAACUAAAAUGUACGAGUCAAAGAAAGAGGUCGCUCUUAAGACUCUCGAGAAAAAGCAGACAAAAGUAGAUGACAUAGACAAUCUGUUGAAACAAGAUAUUCUUCCUGCUCUGGAAAAGUUGCGCAAAGAGCGAGCUCAGUAUCAGCAAUGGACAUCUGGAAACGCUCAGCUGGACCGCUUGGAACGAUUCUGCACGGCGUUUGAAUAUUCAGAGGCAGAGAGGAUCAAGAAUGCUGCUUCAGAUGUAGUGAAGGACAUGGAAAGUCAAAUUAAGGCGCUUCAGGUGACUGCAGUGGAGUUAGAGAAAGAGAUAGGGGAUAAAGAAUCGUCCAUUGCGUCUAUGACCGAGACCAAAGACAAAGAAAUGUCCUCUGAGAUCAAGAUUUUAUCAGAUGUCUCGGACAAACUCUCCACAACACUUGUCACACUAGAUUCGGCACUCAAUGCGAAACGAGAUGCGUGCAAAGCGGAGAAGGCUGCUCUUGAGCAGAUACAAAGAUCCAAGAAGGAGCUGGAGAAUGCCAUAGCAGCGAGGACUACAUCAGAGAAGCAGAUCGAAGAGGAUGUUGCAGCUUUACAGGAAAAAGUGGAUAAGUCGCGCAAGCAUUUAGAGGAUAUAGAAAGCGAGUAUCAGGCCGUUCAAGCAGGCAAAGGGAGUGGUGCCGACGAUAUGAGCUUAGCGGAGCAGCUUGCAGAUGCAAAUGUAUCUGUAGGCAAGUCAGCAUCUGAACUCCAACAACUUCAGACGAAGAUACAACAUCUGAACAAAGAGCUCAUGGAAAAAAGAGAGUGUUUCAAGUCGAAGGAACAUGAGGUCGCCGCAGCACAGGAAGAGCUGAAAUCCAGGAAGGCUGACUUGGCGAAUUUAAAGAGUGCAAUUGACAAAAUUGGGUACAGAGAUGGCAGCAUGCAAGUACUGGAAGAGAAACGAAGACAAGAAGUUGAAUAUGUUAAGAAGUUGAAGGCGGACGUAAACAACCUUACUUCACAACUGUCUGGCGUCCAAUUUUCUUACAGUGACCCGGAGAGGGACUUCCAGCGAUCAAGAGUCAAGGGUGUAGUGGCGCGCUUGGUUCAUGUAAACGACUCCUCUGCAAUGACUGCUCUUGAGGUGAUAGCAGCAGGCAAACUCUUCUUCGUUAUUGUUGACAACGAUCAAACAGCUAAGUUACUCCUCGAGAAAGGAAAUUUACGAAGACGAAGUACCAUUAUUCCUAUGAACAAGAUCCAGCCCAACAAGAUCCCUGCCAGAGUCGAGGCUGUAGCAACGAAACUGGUCGGUUCUAAAGCAAAGCCUGCUCUUUCACUGGUUCGCUAUGCCGAUGAACUUGAAGCAGCUAUGUCAUUCGUCUUUGGUGGAACAUUUGUUUGCGCUGAUACGGAAACAGCUAAGCAGAUAGCUUUUCACAAGGAAAUAAUGACGAAGUCGGUAACAUUUCCGGGUGAUGUCUUCGAACCUCGAGGUCUUCUGACUGGAGGAUCUCGCAAGAAUGGUGGUGAGCUCCUUGUGCAACUUCAUGCGCUAGCUGAGACAGAAGCUAGAUUAAUUCAUCAUGAAGACGAACUUAAGAAUGUCGAACUAAAGAUUGAGAGCUUGCUACCUCAGCAAAAGAAAUUUUCUCAUCUGAAGUCGCAAAUGGAGCUGAAGUCCUAUGACUUAUCCCUCUACGAAACCAGAGCGCAGCAGAGUGAACACCACAAGCUCAGCGAAGUGAUAGCAUUAAUGACUUCCGAGCUCGACAAAGAAAAGUCGGCUUUAACCAGGACACAGCAAUAUCACAGCGAGUGUCAGAAAAGGGUUUUUCAGAUAGAACAAAAGAUCAAGGACCAAGGUCGGGACCGUGAUUCUCUCUUGAAAGAUUUGGAGAAGAGAAUUAAGUCGAUGAAAAAGGAAGCGGUUGCUGCCACUAAGGAGCUCAAGGAGCAAGAAGGAGCCAAGGAAAGAAUGGUAAUGGAGAAGGAGGCUGCUGUCCAGGAGAUUUUGACUCUUGAAGAUCAAUUGGCUACAGCUCAUACACAAAUCACAAAGUUGGAGACUGAUCUUCGGGAGAAAGAAACCAAGAGAGGCGCAAUUGAGGAGGAGUACCAAAAGGCGAAGGGCAAAUUAGAAGAGAACCGAAAGAGAAUUAAGGAAUGUGAUGCUCAAAUAACUGCUUUAGUGAAAUCCCAAAACCAACAGAAAAACAAAUUGACCGAUUGUAUUGUGGAGAUCAAGAAAUUGGAGAAUGAGAUCAAGCGAUUGGGGAUGAACCAAAAGGAAUGUGACAAAAGAGUUCAGCAACUACUUGCAAAACACGAGUGGAUCGUCAGGGAGAGGCAGGCAUUUGGGAAGGCAGGAACAGACUACGACUUCACUGCCCAAGACCCAAGAGAAGCACGCCAGGCACUUGAAAAUUUGCAGCGCGAGCAAAAAGACAUUGAGAAGCGGAUAAACAAAAAGGCUCUGGCCAUGUUUGACAAGGCUGAAGAGGAGUACAAUGAUCUGAUUGAAAGGAAAAGGAUAGUCCAGAAUGAUAAAACAAAGAUACAGCAGGUGAUCAAAGAGCUCGACGAAAAAAGGAAGGAGCAACUAAAGAAUACGUGGGAGAAAGUCACGAAAGAAUUUGGAUCCAUCUUCUCAACUCUACUUCCAGGGACAAUGGCAAAGCUCGAGCCUCCAGAGGGUGCUGAUGUUAUGGAUGGGCUGGAAGUCAAGGUUGCAUUUGGAAGCGUAUGGAAGCAAUCACUUUCUGAGCUCAGUGGGGGUCAAAGAUCAUUGCUGGCACUCUCGCUCAUCCUUGCCCUACUUCUUUUCAAACCUGCACCUUUGUACAUUUUGGACGAGGUUGACGCAGCUCUUGAUUUAAGUCAUACACAAAACAUUGGUCGCAUGAUUAAGUCCCACUUUCCCCACUCUCAGUUUAUUGUAGUUUCACUCAAAGAGGGCAUGUUCAACAAUGCAAAUGUGAUUUUUCGGACGAAAUUUGUGGAUGGGGUAUCCACGGUGUCACGCACAGCCCAAUCAACACGGAAGUAGAGGAAAACUCCUCAACUUUCCUUUGCAGAAGUGAUGAUUAUCCGGAAACACGUCGCUGUACAAUGAGGGCUCGAUGGCCGUUUAUAUUGAACAUAGUAGUGAAGAGCUUCAUACGCUCAGAUAACACCGAUACAUCCGCAGCGUACAAGCUCAUUGACUGAACGUGAUAUCACUUUCUUGAAGUGCUCGCCUGCUCACCAUCUCGGUGAAUUGUGCGUCUACUUUUAGUAGGUUACUCUCUACAUUGCAGAGUCGGAAUCAUGAGCCAGUUCGUAACUUUCAAGCAGAAUUCCUCUAGUCAGCUAUCAGUUAGUAAUCUUACAUGGGGAAAUUGUAUAAUCUCAAAUGUAUAUUGACGACAUGGUCCUUUUAAAGUCCACUUCUAUCUGUCCGCAAGUAUCUAGCAGGCUUUCCUUACAUUUAGAAGCAGCUGUAUUCUAGUAAUAUUCUCAUGGAUGUAGAGAAUGUUCUCCUGUGUUUUCAAGUGAUACUCUAUCAUAUGGCUUAGGUAGAAAGCUUGACACGAGAUUUGACCAUGGUUAGGUUGAGCUGAACAGUGCAAUUUGUGGCCUCUAUAGUGCUACAAGUGGCCCAGAUGCUGUUGACCCGUUGGAGGUGCAGACAUGCUGUGAUGCAAAGCUCACACCUGUAUUCUAUACCUUAUCAUGUCCCUUAUGGUAAUCGACUCAGUGGAUUCCGCAGUGCGCAUGACCGUGUGGAUCUGGGGACAAUUUCGAGUAGUUAGUACAUAGUCCACUCGAAUAUUGGCUGUAUACUGGUGACAGGUCUUCUCAUUUUCUGCAUAAAGUUAAAGUUGGAAAACUGUCUAUUUAGACGUCACGGAAAGAAAGAUGAAAUGGCGCACUGAUCUCAACGACCUGGUUGGUGGCAGAUGAAGUAGGCUGGAGGCCAGCACGUUCAGAAAGUAGCUAUAAAGGCACUGGACGUGCCUUUGCUGGAAAUGGUAACCUGAACAGGGGGUGGUAUUUAACGUAAACCACUUGUGCCAAGGGACCAGGGCACUAGAGAUUCAUAAUUAGCACAAAGUAAAACUCCAAAGCUGCCGGGAGGCUUCAGCAGACCAAGCCGUUAUUUCUGUAAACUCAGGAAACUACCUAAACCGAUGUAAAUCUUUCGAAGAUGUAGAGCUGAACUCUUGUUUGCACCUGAGACAGGUCAAGGCUGAUAAUGAUUUUCUUCCUAAAUGUGUAAUGAGAACAAGAGUGAGGUUCUGUAAUUCUAUUUUCGC